UAUAAUUAUAUUUAUAUACCAUAUAUGGUACGAAUUCUAUGGUCAAUAGACUGUACCCACUCUAACCCACAUCCUUUCAAUGCACUAUAAAAUGGCAACAAUCGCCGAAGCCUGAUGCAAGGAAGUACAAUGGCCUCUGAUGGUAGCCACCUCCGCAUUCCGAGUGUUGACUUCCGCGGGCUGUCGCUGAGCAGCCCCGGCGGCGGGAGCUGGGACGCUGCUCGUGAGCAGUUGAUGUCAGCCCUGGAGUCCUUCGGCUGCUUUGAGGCCAUCUACGACGCGGUGAGCGAGGGCGCCAAGGACCAACUUUUCCGCGGUGUGUUGCCUGAGUUGUUCAAACUUCCAAGGGAGAUCAAGAUUAGGAACGAGUACGUCGGACUGCCAUACCACGGUUACAUCUACCAGAGUCCCCAUGCGCCCUUCGAUAGCUUGCGUAUCGAGGACUCCCCCAGCCUCCACAGCGUCCAGGAGUUCACCUCCCUCAUGUGGCCUGACGGGAAUCCCACCUUCAGCAACGCUGCCUGGACAGCUGCUAAGCAAGUCCAGGAGUUGGAGCUGAUGGUUGUGAGGAUGAUCUUGCAAAGUAUGGACGUGGAAAGGCAUUAUGAUUCUCUGGCGGAAUCACUUAUUCAUAGCGUUCGGUUUUCAGAGUAUGGAAUUCCAUUCGAUCAAGAAACAAAGGUCAAUAUAAAGGCACAUGCUGAUGCCAACAUGCUCACUGUAGUCUGCCAGUAUGAAGUAGAUGGCCUGGAGGUGCAGGCAAGGGAUGGAGAAUGGAUUCGGGUGGUGUCCCAGCCAAACUCCUUCACUGUCAUGCUUGGGGAAGCAUUUCAGGCUUGGAGCAACGGGAGGCUGCGUGCUGCUCGUCAUCGUCUGAGAGUUACUGGCCACCAAACAAGAUGCUCUGUAGUUUUCAAUAGUCGGCCAAAGGAUGAGAUCCUGUUUCAGGCACCGAAUGAGCUGAUAGAUGAAGAUCAUCCUUUACGUUUUAGGCCUUACAAAUAUCCUGAUUACAUACGCUUCCGCUUCUCGACUGAAGGUAGGCCAAAUCAUCCUGAAGAUCCAUUGCAAGCUUACGUCGGAGUUGAGGGGCAACUUAAUGCUGCUUGA